AUGACUCGAUUCUACCCACUCUACUGCCGCCGCAGCGAUGGAAAACUCGAAGCUGGCACCAAGAGCAAGAGGAAAGAGCUGAACCAGCCCACCGACGAUCAACUGGACCAGAAGCCGGAUAAGAAUGGUGUCAGUGAUUAUUACCGCGAGGUGGCUCCGGAGGAAACAAAACAUCUCGACUGGAGGAGGAAGCUGGGCGGAAUGCUCGCAAGAGAGUUGGAUUGGAAGGACAAGAAUGCACAAGCAGGCAAUGAGAGUGGAUACAUCCUCGUUGCCUUUCCCGAAAACUACCGGCUCUACGAACACGUCAAGAAGGUGGUGAAGGAUGGCAAGGCGGAAGUCAAAAGCAAAACGCACGCGGCCGGUGGCAACGAGCGACAAGAUGCCUAUCUCUAUGGCCAUCCAGAAGGGAGAAAGAAACGGUACAGGAGUCCUGGCGAUUUCUUCCCGCAUCUAUUGUGGCUGUGUACAGACGAAAAAGGACAGCAUGACAACUGUUCGUGCAAAAUAUGUUCGCCAGAUGAUCCAGACGAUGCCGAGCCGCGACCGGUGGGAAGACCAAAGAGCCAGCACGAAUCCGGCGUCAAAAUUGAAAGCGCCGUGGGAGUUACACGGCCGGCAAGCUCACAAGGCAGUGUGAUGAUCAAGCCGGAUUCCGCGGUGCCAGCUACAACACAACGCACGCUGACUCAAUCAACACCAAUCACUCCGACUGCGCUACAGCAGCCAAGGACGCAAGAUCAACAGAUUGAUCUACAGUACAACAACUUCAUCUAUCGAUCAGGAGAGCUCGUAUGGUUCAGUCGCGGUGCCGCCUGGGGCCUCGGUGCGAUUCUCCGACGCUGGGUGUCGCCUGAAAAUGAACGCUGUUACGUGGUUCAACCUCUAUCCCAUCCAAUGAGCCAUCCGCCUUCGGUUGUCAAAACCUCUCAAUACGAGCUUCGGCCCUGGCUGGCAUGGAGCGUGCCAAGAUACACGCACGAUGGACUCAACAACAUGCCCGAGCCACCGAGGUAUGAGAAUGCCGAUUGGCAAGGCAUGAAGCAAGGACGAUACGGGCCCGGAGAUUUGGAAGUGGACGGCAGCAUCUUAGCAGCAAAAGCAGUCGACUCUGCUUAUACCCUACUGGAGCCCAUCCACACAUACCAGCCAGAGGCCUCGGUCAGCGAAACCCGUUAUAACCGCCUAUAUCUGGGGGCGGAGAUGUUCUGGCUGGGUGAUGCUGUGCGGUUGGCUUCCGGCUCCGGGACUGAUGUUCUCAUUCUACAUGCCAUCAUUGCGCGUACCCACUCAGCCACUGCAAGGCCAGACAGCUCACGAAGCUCCGUCUUUCUGGUGGGAGACACGUACAGAAUACAAUCAACCCAACACAGCGACCGCAACGCCCCAAGCCCAGCCUCGCCACAGAACAAUCCACACCUACCGCAACGACUGACCGAAGAUCUCAAAUUCCGCAAUGAUCGUUCGAUCCCUGCGAAACACAUCGCAUCCUACUGGAAACUAUCUCUGACGAAUCAUCGUAUCGAAUUGGACGAGGUCAAGGGACGAUGGUACGAAGCCAGUCUUCUCCUUCCCAUCCUGCUGCAAAAGGGCCAGUUCGAAGACGCUGCGCGCAAAGGCGAGAUUCAAGAAGCAUCCUUGUGGAUGAAUGCCCGCGGGGAUUGCCUCAACUCCAAUCGCGCUGCAUCUCUACCCAGAAUCCCACGCCAGAAUAUCCGCAGAUCAACCCGCCGAGAGGCUUUCGGCGCUGCCGUACCUUCUGGCGCAGAGAUCCGCGACGGCAUUGAACCGCCG